AUGGCCGUCUCCAUCUCGCAGCUCGCGUUCGAGCACCACCGCGUCGCCCUCGGCAUUGCGGAGACGCAGCCUCGCAUCUCGUGGCGCUUCGGCGGUCACGCGCAAAACUGGGAGCAGUCGUCGUACGACAUACAGGUCGUCCGCGGCGGCAAGUCACCGCAGCAUCACGAUGCGACGUCCUCCUACUCAAAGGUAUCGUCCGAGUCUCGGUACGUCCCUUGGCCCGGCGCGCCACUCAAGAGUGCCGAGCGCGCAAAAGUUCGUGCCAGAGCACACGGUAAGCGCGGGCAGUCGUCGACGCCGUGGUCCGACUGGGUUGCCGUCGAGACCGGCCUCCUGACUGCAGAGGACUGGGCUGGCGCGGUGCCCAUUGCGGCGGAUCGCGAGACGGAAGUCAGUGGGCCGAAGCGUCCCCUUUACUUCCGCAAGGGCUUUCUCACCGGCAAGGAUGUCGAGUCUGCGCGACUGUAUAUCACGGCCCUGGGGCUUUAUGAAGCCGAGAUCAAUGGCAAGCGGGUUGGUGAUGCCGUCCUCGCGCCGGGAUGGCAGUCGUUCAACUACCGCCACGUCUAUGACACCUACGACGUCACGGACCUCAUUAAAGCUGGCGACAAUGCGAUUGGCGUUGCCGUCGGAGAGGGAUGGUUCGCCGGGAGGCUCGCGUUUUCCGACCACCGCAACUUUUGGGGAGACACGCUUGGCGUCCAGUCUCUCUUGACAGUCACUUACAAGAACGGCACAACCAAGAAAGUACCCACCGACGAGUCCUGGAAAGCCAGCACCGGCCCCAUCACCUCUUCAGAGAUAUACGACGGAGAGUCUUACGAUUCGAGACUCGAGGCCGACCUCAAGGGAUGGUCUUUGGGCUCGUUCGACGACAAGGACUGGCUUGCAGUCAAGAAGCUGUCUCCGCUCAAGGGCAAGCUCGUUCCUGCAGAUGGGCCUCCCGUGCGGAGGCUGGAGGAACGCAAGCCGGAGCGCAUCUUCAAGUCAGCGUCUGGCAAGACGCUCAUCGAUCUCGGACAAAACAUGGUCGGAUGGCUGCGCCUGAACAACGUCAAGGGACCCAGCGGCACCAACAUCACUCUCCACCACGCCGAGGUUAUCGACAACGGUGAACUAGCCCUCCGGCCCCUACGCAGCGCCAAAGCAACAGACACCCUCAUCCUACACGGCAACGGCUCGCAGACGUGGGAGCCGCACUUUACGUUCCACGGCUUCCGGUUCGCGCAGAUUGACGGCUGGCCCGAGGACACGCCCCUGACGGCCGACUCGGUGACGGGCAUCGUCGUACACAGCGACCUCGAGCAGACGGGAUGGUUCCAGUGCUCGCACGCGCUGCUGAACCAGUUCCACUCCAACGUGCGGUGGUCGAUGAAGGGCAACUUCCUGAGCAUCUCGACCGACUGCCCGCAGCGCGACGAGCGGCUCGGCUGGACGGGCGACGCGCACGCCUUCGGCCCGACGGCCAACUUCCUCUACGACACGGCGGGCUUCUGGCGCGGGUGGCACCGCGACAUGUACUCGGAGAUGCAGCGCAACGACUCGAUGCGCGUGCCCUUCUUCGUGCCCACGGUGCCGCCGGACAGCAACGACUCCCCCGCCGCCGUCUGGGGCGACGUCUCGGUCGCCGGGCCGUGGGACCUGUUCCGCGCGUACGGCGACGUCGGCAUGCUCAAGGAGCAGUACCCGCAGUCCCGGGGCUGGAUCGACAAGGGCAUCCCGCGGCAGGCCGACGGGCUGUGGGAUCGCAGCGGGCCGCAGUUCGGCGACUGGCUCGACCCCAAGGCGCCGCCGGAGGACGCGGGCGCGGCCACGACGGCAAAGUACCUCGUCGCGGACGCGUACCUGGUGCGCAUGACUGAGGUUCUCGCCGAUAUGGCGCGCGCGGUGGGCGACGCCGCGAGCGCGGACAAGUACACGGCGCAGCACGACGACCUGCGGGCCAAGUUCCAGGGGGCGUGGAUGACGGGCACCGACGGGCAGAUGGCGAACCGCACGCAGACGGCGUACGCGCUGGCCCUCGACUUCGGCCUGUACACCAACACGACGCAGCGCGCCGCGGCCGUGGCCACGCUCAGGGACAUCGUGGCCAAGAACGAGUACCUCGUGGGAACAGGCUUCGCGGGCACGCCUGCGCUAGGUCCCGCGCUGCGCGACGCCGCCAACGCAACCGCCGACUUCUACAAGAUGCUUCUGCAGACGCGCGUGCCGUCGUGGCUAUACCAGGUGGUGCAGAACGGGACCACGACGUGGGAGCGCUGGGACAGCCUGCUGCCCGACGGCCACGUCAACCCGGGCUCCAUGACGAGCUUCAACCACUACGCCUUCGGCGCCGUGGCCGACUGGGUGCACGCCACGGUCGGGGGCCUGGCGCCCGCGGAGCCGGGCUGGAGGGUCGCGGCCGUCGAGCCCGUCCCCGGCGGAGGCAUCACCAGCGCCGACACGCGCUUCGUGAGCGGCUACGGCGAGCUGCGCGUCAAGUGGAACAUGGCCGCCGGCGGACGCUUCGAAAUGCAGGUCUGGGUGCCGCCGAACGCGCGCGCGAGGGUGAGGCUGCCCCGGAGCGGCAAGGUCAAGGAAGUUGGGUCUGGCUUCUACGAGUUCCACGAGGACGGACUGACUGGUUGA